AUGUAUGGUAUUGAUGGGCUAGUACAACCUGAGCCACCCAACUUUGAGAUUGGUUGGAAGAGAAGCAAAGAGAUCAAAUUGGAUAAGCCAAAAGGGUAUGUCAUAGCUGACUUUCUAGAGAAGUUGGAGGAUCUAAUGGGGAAAGAAUUUGGCUCCACGGAGCUGCUAGCAAAAGCUGGAGAAAUUGUGGCUGAAAGAGCUAGAGAGGAAGCACAAGUGUUGAGUGAUAAAGGAGAAGUGGAGGAGAGGAUGAUGACUGAGUUGUUCAGAGUAUUGAGACUAAUGGAGAUGGAUUUGGCUAUGGUAAAAGCUGCAGUGAAGGAAGAGACAUUGGGUGAAAGGCUUGAGCAGGCAAAGGCACGCUGCAGACAAGCUAUACUCGUAGCUCUCUCCUUUUGAAAGGCUCUUAUAUGUAGAGGAUUUGAACAAUUGAUUUAUAUCUUCUUUAUAAGAAUUAGCCACAUUCACAAGGUCUUGUUUAUUUGGAGAUAUGGGGUUUAAAUAAGAAACUCAGUUUUGGGUUUAAAUAAGAGACAGUGAGGAUUUGGGAUUGUACAUCUGGGCAGUGUAAGGCAGUGAUUCAACUUGGUGGUGAAGUAGGUUGUAUGAUCAAUGAAGGCCAUUGGGUCUUUGUUGGAAUCCCAAAUGCUGUCAAGGACAAAGAAAAGGAGAGCUGGGAAGCUGCCUCCCAGGCACUUAAGACUAAACUGCAACUUGCUGUGAGUAAUUGCAUACGUCCUGAAAUUGAAGCUGCAAAAACGAGAAGUCAGCUGGAAUCUGAUGUGUCUGCACAAGCCCAGAUCCUAAAUGCUAAAGAUGCAGAAUCAGUGGCUGCCAAAAAAGAGGAAGUUGCAGCGGCUUGCUCGUGAUAAUGUUCAUAGGAUAUUUGAAGAACAAGAAAAACUGAAUUACUUCCUGGAGACCAAGAAGAGGAGACUUGAUUCAUGGAGCAAAGAAUUGAACAAACGUGAAACGCUAACUGAGCUUGAGAGACAGAAGCUUGAUGAGGAGAAGAAAAAGCAUGAUCUGAGGAACAAUUCACUUCAAUUGGCUUCCUUGGAGCAGAAAAGGGCUGACGAGAAUGUCUUAAGGGUGGUUGAGGAGCAAAAGCACACUUUGCAGCUGUAGGAGUCUCGAUUGCUCUAUUCAAUCAAGACUAUACAGGUUCAACUAUGAAUGGGGAAGACGAAGAGUUGAUUCCAAAAAAUGGUAUACUUUCCAUUUUUUUUUCUCUUAUUUCACUCUUUAAGCAUUUUUAAUGAUAAAACAUUGGUUUUUAGCUUUUUAAAUCUCAGAUACUUUUUACUAUUCAUACACUACCUAAGUUGAGGUAGUAAGUUAUAUUGGUCCCUUCAAAUUUUCUCUAUCAUGUACAUGUGAGAAUGCAUACAAGUCACAACUAGAUCAUGGGAGCUUUGAAAUAGUUAAGAUUGACAAUGAAAGGAGGCAUAUUCCGUCAGCCUCAUCAGCAUUAGUUAUUGGCAGCAUAGUUGGCCUCAUACGAGCCAUAUUCCUCAUAUUUGGAGCAAAACCUCUAUUAGGCUUCAUGGGAGUUACUUCGGAUUCUCCAAUGCUAACUCCUGCACAACAGUACUUGACAUUGAGGUCACUUGGUGCUCUUGCGGUUCUUCUUUCAUUGGCCAUGCAAGGGGUGUUUCGUGGAUUUAAGGACACAAAAACACCUUUAUACGCCACUGUGGCAGGAGAUGUAACAAACAUUAUACUCGAUCCACUAUUUUAUGUUUGUUUUCCGUAUGGGUAUCAGUGGGGCAGCUAUUGCUCAUGUUAUAUCUCAGUAUAUGCGUCCUGAAACUGCGCAAGGCAUAUUUGUUAAUUUUAAAGAGAUGUACUAUUAUCUGUAUCUGCAGAAAGGGAUAGGGUCCUUCAAGAUCUUCAGGAUGCCUUGGCUAAUCAUGAUAAAGAACUCAAAGAAAGUCGUACUUGCUCAAGGUUCUACUUCAGUUCAUGGACUACAACAAGUGUAUUCAUGGUGUCCCUCGUAUUUUAAAGCAAGUUUCCUUUGUCAAUCAUAUUAGUUGGAGUUGGAGUUAUGAACCGACACCUAUCUACUGGUCAGCGUGCAAGGACAUGGCCUAUGGUUGUGGACACUAGACAUGUUGCGAUUGUGGACAAGACCUUGAGAUAUGCCCAAUAUAUAGGAGGAAAAUUGAAACCAGACUAAGGCUCUACUAAAUAGUGUUCUAUUUUCUUCCAAAUUUGAUGUGAUGCACGAAACCGAGUUGUAGUUAGUCAAUUUCAUCAUCCUUUGUAAUUAAACAUUUUAGAUUUCUAAAAACUGAUUGUAAAUUGAUUUAUCCAUGCCGGAAAAGAAAUGUAUUCCGGCUAGAUCUUUGCUAGUGAUACCUAUUAGUCUUGUUGGGUUAGGUGUGCAACUCUUUUUUUGGGCCUAAAUUGGUUGGUGUCACCUUCGAUUCUCAUCCAUUUUUCAGAUUAAUUCACAACAAAUUUAUAAAAAUAUAUUUGGAAA